AUUUGACUGUCUUUUAUCCAACUACCCAGAAGCAAAUGUGUUAACUCGGCGGUGUCCCUCGUUGCCCGGGUUCUCGAAGAGGGCGGAGGACGCCCAGACCCAUUUCCCCUGCUGGAUUCGGAGCGGCUGCUUUGCUGUGGACCUAUGUGUGUGGAUCGCUUUACCCAGAGGCUUGGAAAGUGCUAGUAUUAGCCUGCUUUCAGGUACAUCACAAGGUCACCAGAGGGUCCCGCAGCUGUCUCGUGCAAUCCAGACCUUCCUGUCUUGUCCAGAAGGAUAUUUACUUUUCGGUUCACAUCAUUUGAAGCUAAAAGUUCAGCCCUUCGAGCUGGUUCUGGUUUCUGCAAAAGCAAGGUAACAAGGAUUGCUUUUAAAACUGCUUAACAAAAUCCCCGACUCUUUCUCAGCCCUUUCCUGGCUCUCUCUUCCCCACCAAAAUGUCACCAGCUCUUGAAUUACGUGGAUUUGGGUUGGAAGAGAACUUGAAGGAAACGUGAUCAACCGGCUAUGUCAGACCACUGUCUUGCCUUCCCGUGGUCCGGUGGGCAUUGAAGCCGAUCCUGAGAAGGACCCGUCCCCUCCUUCUUGCUCCCUCCCCGUGCUAUGCUGGGUAUGCGUGUGCAAGAGUGAAUGCGAGUGCGCGCGCGCCCGGGUGCGAGUGUGUGAGUGUGCGUGAUUUUGAGUGUGUGUCUGUGUGUGUGUGCGCGGCCGCCCUGCCUCUGCCCGCUCCCUGGGCGCAGAAACGCGGGUUUCAUGGGGCAAUCGCGGUGGAUUCCACACCCGGCGCGACCUGCGGGCAGCGGCGGCAGUGGCAGGAGACGCCUCUCGGACUUCCUAGGAUGCAGGUGCUGAGCUAUGGCAAAGGGCAGAGAAGUGAGGAGCGAGACUCGCGUACGACUGUGAAAGCCACCUGGAGCCACCUUGCCGGGAUUGUACCUGCGGGCAGAAAGUCCUCCUACGACCGUCUUUUCCUCUAGAGGCACCAGAGUCCCUGUAACCAUUCAGCCAGGUGUUGGGAAGAGAUGUAGUAGCUGAGGACCCUUCUUUCUGACAUCAUCCUCAGCAUCAGUUUCGGAGAUGCUUUCGCCCUGUCCGUCUUCUGCAGCAGCCAGGCAGAGCGCCAACUCCUUCAAAGCCGUGAGGAACUAUUCAGGCUCCAGAAGCUCUUAAAUCUGAUCUACAAUGGAAAAAUUUCUUUUUUAUCUGUUUUUCAUUGGCAUAGCAGUGAGAGCUCAGAUCUGUCCAAAGCGUUGUGUCUGUCAAAUUUUGUCUCCUAAUCUUGCAACCCUUUGUGCCAAGAAAGGGCUUUUAUUUGUUCCACCAAACAUUGACAGAAGAACUGUGGAACUGCGGUUGGCAGACAAUUUUGUUACAAAUAUUAAAAGGAAAGAUUUUGCCAAUAUGACCAGCUUGGUGGACCUGACUCUAUCCAGGAAUACAAUAAGUUUUAUUACACCUCAUGCUUUUGCUGACUUAAGAAAUCUGAGGGCAUUACAUUUGAAUAGCAACAGAUUGACUAAAAUUACAAAUGAUAUGUUCAGUGGGCUUUCUAAUCUCCAUCACUUGAUAUUGAACAACAAUCAGCUGACUUUAAUUUCUUCUACAGCAUUUGAUGAUGUCUUUGCCCUUGAGGAGCUGGAUCUGUCAUAUAACAAUUUAGAAACAAUUCCUUGGGAUGCUGUUGAGAAGAUGGUGAGCUUGCACACCCUUAGUUUGGACCACAACAUGAUUGAUAACAUUCCUAAGGGGACUUUCUCCCACUUGCACAAGAUGACUCGGCUAGAUGUAACAUCAAAUAAAUUGCAGAAGCUACCGCCUGACCCUCUCUUUCAGCGAGCUCAGGUACUAGCAACCUCAGGAAUCAUAAGCCCGUCUACUUUUGCAUUAAGUUUUGGUGGAAACCCUUUGCAUUGCAAUUGUGAAUUGUUGUGGUUGAGGCGUCUGUCCAGAGAAGAUGACCUAGAGACCUGUGCUUCUCCAGCACUUUUAACUGGUCGUUAUUUUUGGUCAAUUCCUGAGGAAGAGUUUUUGUGUGAGCCUCCUCUCAUUACUCGUCAUACACAUGAGAUGAGAGUCCUGGAGGGUCAAAGGGCAACCCUGAGGUGCAAAGCCAGGGGUGACCCUGAACCUGCAAUUCACUGGAUUUCUCCUGAAGGGAAGCUUAUUUCAAAUGCAACAAGAUCCCUGGUGUAUGAUAAUGGAACACUUGACAUUCUUAUAACAACUGUUAAGGAUACAGGCGCUUUUACCUGCAUUGCUUCCAAUCCUGCAGGGGAAGCAACACAAACAGUGGACCUUCAUAUAAUUAAGCUCCCUCACUUACUAAACAGUACAAACCAUAUCCAUGAACCUGAUCCUGGUUCUUCAGAUAUCUCAACUUCUACUAAGUCAGGUUCUAAUGCAAGCAGUAGUAAUGGUGAUACUAAAAUAAGUCAAGAUAAAAUUGUGGUGGCAGAAGCAACGUCAUCUACGGCACUACUUAAAUUUAAUUUUCAAAGAAAUAUCCCUGGAAUACGUAUGUUUCAAAUCCAGUACAAUGGUACUUAUGAUGACACCCUUGUUUACAGAAUGAUACCUCCUACGAGCACAACUUUUCUUGUCAAUAACCUGGCUGCUGGAACUAUGUAUGACUUGUGUGUCUUGGCAAUAUAUGAUGAUGGCAUCACUUCCCUCACUGCCACAAGAGUCGUGGGUUGCAUCCAGUUUACUACAGAACAGGAUUACGUGCGAUGCCAUUUCAUGCAGUCCCAGUUUUUGGGAGGCACCAUGAUUAUUAUUAUUGGUGGAAUAAUUGUAGCAUCUGUGCUGGUUUUCAUCAUCAUUCUAAUGAUUCGGUAUAAGGUUUGUAACAAUAAUGGGCAACACAAGGUGACCAAGGUCAGCAAUGUCUAUUCUCAAACUAAUGGGGCUCAGAUACAAGGCUGCAGUGUAACGCUGCCCCAGUCCAUGUCCAAACAAACCGUGGGACAUGAAGAGAAUACCCAGUGUUGUAAAGUUGCCAAUGACAAUGUGAUACAACCUUCAGAAAUCUGUUCAAGUCAGGACUCCUCUACCACUACCUCUGCUUUGCCUCCUACCUGGACUUCAAGCACAUCUAUGUCCCAAAAGCAGAAAAGAAAGACAGGCGCAAAGCCAUGUACCGAACCACAGAAUGAAGCAGUCACAAAUGUUGAGUCCCAAAACAUUAACAGGAACAACUCAACUGCAUUGCAGUUAGCUAGUCGACCUCCUGAUUCUGUCACAGAGGGGCCCACAUCUAAAAGAGCACAUUCAAAGCCAAAUGCUUUGCUGACUAAUGUUGACCAGACUGUCCAGGAAACACAGAGGCUGGAGUUAAUCUGAAGAGCAUCACUUCUCUCUCUUGAAAAAAAUUUGCAAUUGAUAUUUUACUGGAUAAAAUUUAAAAAAUGUUUCAAUUCAUGAAGGCUAAUUGUUGAACUGGUAUCCUAGGAGAAAUUGUCCACAGGAGCCGAAGCAGAAGUCUGUGAUGCCGCUGGAACUGGCUCCAUCAGAUCAUGGUUCCAUCUCCUUUUAAAACCAAAUUGUUUUUUUCUUCUCGCCCACAAGUUUAUUUUUUUUUUUUAAAGAAAGAAAGAAAAAAGCCUACAUUGGCAUCGAGUUCUGUAUCAAUCCAUGUUACAUUGCCAUCCAUGAUUUAAAACUGUAGAAUCUUGAAUAAUCUAUAUCACUUUAACAAAUAAAUGUUUUAUUAUGACA